CAAUUUAUUUGGAAUGUGCCCCACAGAACGGAUCGAGGCUGAAAGGAGAGGAAAAUAUUUGAAUCCAAAAAAGGGUCUCACCCUUGGACCCUUGGUCCUUGGCUGGCCUCCAUCCCAGCGAAAACUUGUUGCCUGAAAUCGUCCCCAGAUCUGCCCGCUUAAAGUUCCUUUUUUUUCCUCCCACAUUCUUAGGAAUUUGGAUUUCACCUCGUCAAAACUUCAACUUUUACAACUCCGCCGCAGGAAACCCUCGGUUCCCUUCGUUCCGUUUUUUUUUUUAUCGAAUUUCCUGAGAAUUGUAGUGGACUGUUUGUGAUUUUUGGGUAUGAUGGUGUUCUGGGAGGGUUAUGUCAGCGAUGAGAUGAUGGGUACCUUCGCCCCGAUCGUCAUUUACUGGUUUUAUGCCGGGAUUUACCAGCUCUUGCCGCCAUUGGAUCGGUUCCGGCUGCACACCAGAAAGGAGGAAGAGCAGAAGAAUUUGGUUUCGAUGUCGACGGUAAUCAAGGGCGUUCUUCUGCAACAGCUUUUUCAGGCUACAGUCGCCCGAAUUUUGUUCUUGGUAACUGGGAGCUCAAGUCCAACAGAACUCAUUCAACCAUCGGUUCCAGUUCAACUAAUCCAGAUCUUUGUAGCAAUGGUGGCAAUGGAUACAUGGCAAUAUUUUGUGCAUCGUUACAUGCAUCAGAACAAGUUCCUGUAUCGUCACAUCCACUCGCAACAUCACAAGUUGGUUGUUCCUUAUGCGAUCGGAGCGCUUUACAACCAUCCACUUGAAGGCCUCCUAUUGGACACAUUUGGGGGUGCACUUUCCUUUUUGAUCUCCGGCAUGACUGCACAAACAGCAGUUUUCUUCUUUUGCUUUGCAGUGAUAAAGACUGUUGAUGAUCACUGUGGGCUUUGGCUGCCAGGCAAUAUCUUCCACAUCUUGUUCCAAAACAACACGGCUUAUCAUGACAUUCACCAUCAGCUCCAGGGGUCGAAGUAUAAUUACUCUCAGCCUUUCUUUUCGAUAUGGGACAGAGUACUGGGAACCCACAUGCCCUAUAGAUUAGUUAAUCGGGAAGAAGGCGGGUUUGAGGCCAGGCAGCUGAAGGAUUAGCUUGAAGCUCUUAUACUCAAUGAAAGAAUGGUUAGUGCAGGCAAGGCAGAGCUGAAUAUACAUAGUGGAAGAAUGUGUCCACCAUUAGGCUUUGUAGUCUAAUAAUGUUUAUAUGGAUGGGAUUGUGGGUAUUCUUUUCUUGAUGAAUGGCUCUACCUUUGUCUCUUUUGUAGUCUGCAGUUUAGUAGCGGUUUUGCAUGACUUUUACAGAUGGAAUCAUGUUAUUUUUAGAUCUUAAUGUUGUUAUUAUGAGCUAUAGAGUAUGUAUUUCAUAUUUCUUGAAAAUGAUGCA